AUGGCGGAGGAAGCGCCCAAUGAGGCUGGUUCGCCGUCGGCUGCUGCCGAGGCGCCGGUUGCGAAGGAGGAGGAGGAGCCGCCGGCCGACUUCAUCUGCCCGAUCACGACCGAGAUUAUGGUCGAGCCAGUCGUGGCGGCCGAUGGGCAGUCGUAUGAGCGGACGGCGAUCGAGCGUUGGCUUGCGACCAAGUCGACGAGCCCGCUGACCGGCGGCGAGCUCGAGCAUAGUAUCCUGAUCCCGAACCACAACUUGCGCCGGACGAUUCGAGAGUGGCAGGAGGCGCGGGCGUCACCUUGA